AUGACCCUCGCCCCCCAGAAGAAGUCCACCCCGGUGGCCGGCCUGAUGGUGGCCCUGCUGGCCGCCCUGGUUCUGGCUAUGCUCCCCUGCAAGGUGGACGCCUUUGCGGAGUUCGCCAACACCCGGCCGCUGGCCGAUGGUGUUCUUUUCGACGGCCAGGCUGCCGAGGCCGGCCUCGUCAUCCCCGGCCAGCGUGAUUGCUUCAUCGAUGUCGGCCCAUCCACCGGCCCGAUGGCCGAGACGGCCGGCAAGCUUGCCGGUGGCUACUACGUCAACUCGCCGGGCAUGGCCCUUUGCUGCCAGGACAUCGGCAUCCUUCGCCCCUCCGGCCCAGACGGAUCCUUCGUGUGCCGUUACGCCUGUGAGCACAAGAAGUCCAGCAGCGCCUUCAUUUCUACCAUGAUGAACUCCGACGCUCGCUGCAUGACCAACUGCUAUGCCAUGGCCACAUGA